GUCCCUCACACAUUGAAACCUUUCCCUUUCUUGACGUUACUUACUAUCUUCCAACCGAAACAAAAACUAUUACCCCUUUUUGGACAACUCCUUUUCCAUUUUCGUUCUUCAAUUUUCUUGUGAUCUCAAAAAUCUUUGAUGGGGAGAUUAUUUGUGUUGACUCUUGAAGGCAAGAUCUACAGCUGUAAGCACUGUGGAACUCAUCUUGCCCUUUCUGAGAACAUUGUUUCCAAGUCUUUCCACUGCAGACAUGGGAAGGCUUAUCUCUUCAGUAAGGUGGUGAAUGUCACUUCUGGCGAGAUAGAAGAUAGAGUGAUGAUGACUGGUAUGCACACUGUGGCAGACAUUGUCUGCGUCUGUUGUGGGUCAAUUGUUGGAUGGAAAUAUGUGAGUAUGGAGUGAUAAAAUG